AUGCUUAGCAAGGCAGAAUGGGGAUUAUACUACUUCGUAUUGUUUGCAGGAAUAUGCAUUGUUGUAUUUUUAUUAUCAUACUUAUUCAUCAAGAGAAGAGAACGCUCAUACUUAAGAAUUUUAGAUGAAAUUGAGUCAACAAAUGAAGUAAGUAUGAUCAGCACGAAGAAGUUCAAGCAACUUGUGAUUACAGGUUUCAUGUAUAGCCACCCAAGUUGUGUUGACUUCUCAAUAUUUAAAUUGGCGAUCAACCAAUGGCGUGAACACUUAGACAUUUGGGCAGUCUAUGCAAAGUUUGCCGCAAUUUAUCCUGAAAACACUUCCACACUUUUAUUCAUCAUUCAAAAUGUGAACUUGAUCAACAACAAAUCAAAAUUAGCCAAGAUUGUUUGCUCAAAUGCAUCUUACAUAACCAAGACAAGAGAAACAAGAUACACACCUGAAUUGAAGAGCAAAGUCUCAAAGCUUAUGAAACAAUUUUCGAAAACCAGAAACCAGCUGAGAAAUAUUUGGGACUUAAUUCUCCAAGGUUCAGUAAAUGAAAUGAGUCCUGCAAUUGUUAAUGCUUACCAAAGCGUGAAAGAGUCUGAAGUAGAAGUUAAUUAUCUUAAAAUGUUAUAUCCAAAUAACAGAUUUGUUUAUAGAAACUAUGCAAAGUUCCUUCACGAUAUCAAAGGUGAUGCAAUUGGAUAUAAGAAGAGUAUUGAUGAUAUUGCAAGACUUCAAAGAGGAAUCAGAAUUGUAGAAGACACUAUUAACUAUCUUGGAAUGCAAGCAUUUCCAAAGAUUCCAGAUUACUUAGUUGCUUCGGAUACAAUUAAAAACAAUCCAACGGCAGAAAACACAGAAUCUUUUGCUAUGGAGCAAGAAACAAUUGAAGAUGAUGUCAACAUUGAAGCUAUUGAAUCAAUAUCAAAGCAAAUCAACAAUCAUACAAUUCCUUCUAUCAGAUUCAUGAAGUUAUCAACAAUUGUUUGCUUUAUUAUCUUCACAAUUAUCCCAAUAAUCUGUGCAAACCUUUUAUUUGAUCCAUUUGCCAAUGAACUAAGACAGCCAAUUUAUUACAUGAAAGGAAUUGCAUUCUGCAGAAAUCUUAUCAAUAUAAUGCCUGCUGUUAUUGGAAAGUACAUGAUGGAAAAAUUAAUUGAUCCAGCAACAGGCAAUCACAUGAUGGAUAGACUACAUUUAAUUGAUAAUUUCCCAAUGUCCGCAUAUGGAGAUUACAGAAAUUCUGUAGAUAUAGUCAGAUACUUUGCACAAUCUGUUUCGGCAGCAAGUCAACAAAUGUCAGGUCUUAGAUCGUUUAAGAUUGGUGAUAAACACAUUGAAAAAGUCAGAGAUUAUAUUUUUGCAAACUCGCAAUAUUUCUUCUUCUACUUGACAGUUAAGAAUUUUACAAAAUCAAGAUCAUCAUCGAAUGAAAUCUCUUAUAUGAUUGCAAAUCAUGUAGGAAAGUUGUUAGAUCUUCCAGAAAUCACUCCAGAUGUUGUUAAAGGUCCCGAUUCAUUGAUUGCGAGGAAUAAUAAUAACCUUCCAACAGCUGCUAAGAAUUCAGCCCUUGAAGAAAUGAUUAAUUAUAUCAAAGAUUACCAUGAAUUGCAUGACAAGUUCCUACUUGCAAUUUUGUUAUCUUUAAUAUCGAUUAAUGUAAUUACUUAUAUAUUUAUAGCAUUCUAUAUGUUACAUAUAUUAAAGUUCAACAGAGAACAAACUUUGGGAGUUCUCACAACACUUCCAAAGACAGUAGUUUCCAAUAUUUCAUACUCAUUAAAUAAACUCAAAGAUGGAUCGGAUAAAUCCAUGAACACAGACUCCAUGAAGGAUGCCGAAAUUAGUCGCCAAGAAGAAUCAAUAAUUAAAUUAUUCUCUUCAAUUACUGAUGGAUCAACUUCCACUUCAAUGCACACUUUAAUUUUGUAUUGCUUGCUUUUCAUUGUAAUUGCUACUUGCGGUGCAUAUUAUCUUAUGAUUGAUCAAUAUUCAGAUUCAUUAACUACUCUUGUCCAUAAUUGCCACCACAUAAACUAUCUGUACGGAUCUAUAACAUUCUUAUAUAUUCAAUUAUGGCAAGAUUAUUUAAGAUUAUUAUUGAAAAGAGCGGCCCAGAAUUUGAAGGUUCAUGCAUCAGUGUCUCAGAUGAAAUUUCGAAUAUCCAGAGGAUUUUACCACUACAAGCAACAUAUUUCCUGA